AUGUCUUGCGGUGGCGCAUGGGAGGCGCUCAUUGACAGAGCUGCGAUGGAGGUGUCAAAGUUCCUUUCCGCAACAAAAGAUGCAUUUCAUCAGGACUCCCCUACCGCUGAGUGGAUGCUCAAUUUGCUAGACGACAAUGCCCUGAGGGAUGUUGUCAUGGAGCGCAAUUUUAACGCCCUUUGCGGAAUGGUGGGCUGCGCAGCUAUGCCACCAGCUGCGGUGGGAAGGGUUGAGGGGCAACUGCGGCAGGAGGCGAUAGGGACGGGAAAAAAUAUAUUGAAUAGAAACGAUGAAGAAGACACCGUCUCGGAUGGUGAGGAUGAUGGUGGUGACGCUGCCGAUGCGUUCCGUCGGUACGAAAAGUAUCGCGAACAGAUUUGCGCGGGCAGGGAAGCGGCAACGGCGUUGAGUGGCGUCGACAUGACCAAGUGUUUCUGCUCUCCCGAUUGCGCGGAGCAGUUUGCCGCGAUGCUGGCUAAGGUGCCGAGGACAUUAGUGUACUCUCGGGAGGGUUUAGUUAAUUCCGUCGGUGGAUUGUUUCCAAACAUGCAGUUUUCCGUGUUGCAGCAGUUAGCGGGAGCGGAGGCCACGGUGGUGCCUGAUAUACGAGAAAAGGAGGUUGUUGAGGGUCAAGAAAAGAAACUUGACCUGCCUAUUCCCUCCAUCGGGAAUGAAGAAAAUAAAGACCACAAAGUGAAGCUGAGGGAACUGCUGGAGAGCAUUCAGGCGGUUCAGCCCGUAUGGAGUCGGGGUGUGCAGGAGGUCCGGCCUUUUGACACACGAAAGGGAACUAUGCAGAAAAUGCCUAUUCCACUGAUGGUUUACGACUGGCUGGGAACCGUAUCGACGGAUAAAACAAAGUCCAUUUUUGCUAGCGUAUGCUAUAGCAACACGAGGAAAAGCGAUAGAUUCCCAUGCGUUGGCGGUGGACGUUCUACAAACUUGUUUGUCCGUUGUAUGCAACCCGUCUUGGAUGCAUGCAUUCGGAAAGGAAAGGAACUGUCUGAAGGGCGAGCUGCCGACGAGGGAUGUGCCGAAAACCCUUGCGUGGACCCCGCACUUCAACACCAGCGGCUAACACUCUUUGUCCGGCAUGUGUUUUCCGGCGAAACAUCAGCAACACUCUCACGGUUGUUGAUGUACGAUCAGGCCACGCUGGAACGUGCGUGGGGUGCUUGGAACUCCACAGGCCUCCUCGCAAGUCUUAGUUUUCCUUCGGCGGUACCCGGUGAUUUCACCUGCGGUGGGGGGUCUCCAGCGAGGAUUUAUCUUGCCGUUGUUUUGACAGCAGCAGCGGCGUUAUGUGCCCCUGCCAUUUGGGUGGAGUGGCUUCAGGAAGACAACGGUCUUGCUGAAGUGUUGGAGGCUUUGGGAUGCACAAGUGAUGACUUCAUUGCAUGCGUCCGCGCGUUGGUAGUCGAAUGA